UUCAUGUCGUCCUCGAUGGUAACGUCUAUAAUGGCGCUGAGCGGCCACUCGGAAUCAGAUAUAUCUCCCCAUGUUUCUGACCAGGCGCAGGUAUCCGAUCAAGAGCUCGAAUCCAUCACGUACGAUUCUAUCAGCGACGAAGGUCAUGGUCGACUGGAUAAACUGGUGUUGGAGUCGACGUUGAUAAAGCGGCUCUUAUCUCAUAAUGUCCUUGUACUAGGGAAGAGUCUUAAAGCUGCUGAUCGAGUGGAUGUCUUGAUCGCAAUUUGUUCGACUGCUGUCGGCCAGGGUAUGUUCGAAGUCGACGAGGACAAGGCAACAAAAUUACUAUCGAAAUAUCCGAAGUUAGGCGAACUGGUGGAUAGCGCGUGGGUUGCGGGUAGAGGUUUUAUUGAGAUACGACGCAUUAAGGUUCUCAGGGUGGAUGAACUGCGAGGCGCCUCCAAUAUUCAACGCCAGCCUGGUGAAGUGCUUUAUGAGGCAAGCAUUAAAGCCACGGAACAUUCGUGGAAUCAAACCUUCGUCGGCCGCGCUAAUGUGGCACUCAAAAAUCUCAUUGUUCGUCAUUACAAGACAAUAAGGAAGGCUUAUGCACCUCACUGCGCAAUCGUCCAAUCGACGGGAACAGAAAAAUCAAAGACUGUUGACGAGUUUAGCAAGCACGACUUUGUCAUACCAGUGAAUCUUCGUAAGCCUAGAACUGGAGGUUUCCCCCCGUCUGACGAACAAGUGUACAACUUUCUCGAAACUGGACAACUCAUGGCUCUCAGCCCGAAUCUCGCAAGGGUUCGGAUAAACACCUUCAUGUUCGCGUUAUUUGAGAAAUGUGAGCAGGUUAUCAUGGCCGCCAUCCAAACGCAAGGUGGCAAUCCAAAGAUUUGGCUCCGUGACAACGGCGCGGCGUGGUUCAGAGAGAAGAUGUCAGAAGGCCAAACGAUCCACGCUCAAGGUGAAUAUCGCAUGGCAUUCUACGACGACGUCGUCAAGCGAGCUGUAGAGCUGUACGACGAUGCUAAUAUUGCGUUGAAAGCUCGUUCGCCUUCCGCGGUGACCGUGAAGGGAACCUCACCAGAGCCGAUACGUUUUAGGGGCCCAACGGAUUCUUCAGUCGUGGACCAAGCGAAAUCCCUAGUCAGUCAUUGGGGCUUCGGAGACAAGGAAGAAAGAAUCCAUGCUCCAGCCCUCUACUUAGCCUUCGACGAAGCUCAUUCGCUCUCCAGACCCAACGAGAUACGGGACACUACAAAGCUAUCUCCGUUAUCUCAUCUUGGCAGUAUUCUAAGGUCAUGUAGACAAUUGCCUCUGUUCGCCAUCUUCCUCUCCACCACCGGCAAUAUCACUCAGUUUUUCCUCCCUAAGGAGGAUGACAACUCUGUUCGUUUGGAGAAUGGGGAACUGGUGUUGAUUCCUCCGUUUUGUGCUCUUGGCUGGGAUCAGUGCUGUUCCCCGUACCCUUCGCAACAAAUGAAUCUAUUCGAGGUGUCUUCGCUCUCCUACAAAGCUCGCCUGGGUCGUCCGCUCUUUGCGUCUCGUUAUGCCUCAGGUGAAGGACUCCAAGGAUUAGAGCGCGAACAACUUCUCGACGGUAUCGUCGAAUUCGCGGCUCAAAAGCUUAUCAGGUUCGACCUCGAUUCCUGGCCCACUCAACUGAACCUCGAUCAGGAACUAGCAUGCCUAUCCGCCCGCUUGCCCAUCGAGUUUAUGUCCUCUACCUUAACCCCCUCGACGAGAGCCGAGCAGGAUCAAGUCGCCCACCACAUGCGCAUCUGCUUGUCGGUCGACGAGGCGUUUUGCAAACUCACAACGCUCAUUCCUUCAGAGCCAAUCGUCUCGGAAGGCGCCUGCCUGCUUAUGAACGAUGACAGAGUAGCUUUUAAUGCACCUGCGGCUCUCUCCCACGUUAUCAGUGGCUUCUCCGUGCAUCAGGGCGACCGCGGUGAACUCGUGGCUCUACUCGCCUUCACCAUUGCCCGGGACAAGGUCGUGCGGCAUAAUCAAAUCCGAGAUGGUGUCUUCGGCGUUGUUCCGUUCCUGAGGGCACUCAUUACCGUUCCCUCUGAGCCCACUACCCCCCAUUCCAAGCCAGCCGACAUCUUCGUCGACAUCAUGAAGAUCAAACCGUCGGUUUGCAAAAGUCCAGAUGACAUGGAUCGCCCCCUCGAAGCAGCGUUCGCCGACGUCAACCUUCACUUCAAUCAUUUUGUAAAGCAGCAAGAACAGAACGGGCUCGACGAGAAGACCAUUCUAAGGGUUCAUUGCUCGAUGCGUAGCGGUGAUGGGCGCCAAUGGCCAGGCUGGGGUUUCAUCUUCAUGCAGGCCAAAAAUGACGAAAAUCAUACUGCGACUGUCCAGCCCUCGCUUUUCGACAGCAUGGACUCCGUGGCGAUGGGUUUUCUCAAACCAGGCGAGAUACUCAAGACGCCGAUCAUACGGAUCGUCUUUGCUUUGGCAUCGAGAACACCUUCCAUCAGCUACGUUUCUACUCAAAAACGGGGCAACUUCACGUCUUACGAUAUCUGGAUCGCGGGUCUGAACCCGGACGUGCUUGCCGUCAUCUCCAAAGAAGACCAAGCGAUCUGGGACGUAUUGCUCUCUGCUUCGAGGGGAUGGAAGAAGAUAUACCAGCACGAUGACCCGAUUACAGUCUCGCUGAUGAAGAACAUGUCGCCGAUGGUCUCGCAAGAUCCUGAUUUCUGGCCGUUCCGCCCACAAACAGCGCGGGCCGAUUGA